UUGACAGAUGGGGUUGAUGGGGAUGAUGGGGAUGAUAGGGGUGAUGGGGAUGAAGGGAGUGAUGGAGAUGAUGGAGGUGAUGGGGAUGACGUGGAUGAAGGGGGUGACGGGAAUGAUGGGGGUGAGGGGGAUGAUGGGGGUGAUGGAGAUGAUGGAGAUAAUGGGGAUGAAGGGGGUAAUGGGGAUGAUGGCGAUGAUGGGUGUGAUGGGGAUGAUGGAGAUGAUGGGGAUGAUGUGGAUGAUGGAGAUGAUAAAGAUGAUGGGGAUGAUGGGUGUGAUGGAGAUGAUAGGGAUGAUGGGUGUGAUGGAGAUGAUGGGGAUGAGGGGGUUGAUGUGGAUGAUGGAGACGAUGGGGAUGAUGUGGAUGAUGUGGACAAUGGAGAUGAUGAAGAUGAUGGGGGUUAUGGGGAUGAUGGAGAUGAUGGGGGUGAUGAGGAUUGA